ACUGCAAAUGUGGUAACGUUAUUCAUCAGUCAUGGGGUCAGUGCUAAAUGAUCAAGCUGGAAACAUAGUUAAUAUGAUAAAUAAUGGAGCAACGUAUUCUGAUGUUUCCGUUGCUUUGGCGUCCAUUGGAAUUGAAAGAGGCAAUUCCGUGUCCAGCAUAAAAAAGUUCCUUGGCAGCCGCAACCUGGUAAAGAGGGGGCUUUUGUCCGAUGAUAAUUUGGAGGUGGCAGUGGCCAGUGCUGUUCGAGAGACUGGACCAACAUUUGGGCGAAAAAUGAUGACCGGUUACCUGGCCUCAAAGGGACUGCGCGCUGCAGAACGCCGUGUGGGAUCAGCACUGAGGCUUGUCCAUCAACCUUACCACCAAGCUCGCUUACAGGGAGCACGGAACUUCAACCCAGUUCCAUACAAUGCAGAGUAUUUUGGUCACAAAUUACAUAUGGACCAAAACGAGAAACUCGUUAUGUUUGGAGUUACGCAUGUGGUAGGAGUUGAUGGAUACAGCAACAGAGUUGUUGGGCAUGCAACCAUGCCUAUCAAGAACAAUCUUACUAUCUAUGAGGAGGUAUUCAGACCAGCCAUUCUGUCCAAUGGAAUGUGGGAUCAAGUGCGUGUAGACUGCGGGAAAGAAUUUUACUUAUGUCUGUUUAUGCAAGAGAUUCUAUCUGCAUACAGAUAUAAUACAGCAAGAGAGCCUUACAAACAGACGCCUUCAACAAAGAACCACAGGAUUGAGCGACUGUGGCCCGAGAUAAACAACCGGGUCAAUUAUCCCAUUAAGGAGGCCUUGAUUCAGCUGACAGAUCAGGAAAUUAUAGACAUGGAGGACCCAACCAUUCGCUUUUGUGUGUCCAAUCUUGCCUGCCAGAUUGCCCGUAUUGGCGUAGGAAGAGUAGUGGACUCAUGGAAUGCCCACAGAAUUCCAGGAAGAGGUGUCCCAAAUGCCUUGGGGGAAGGUGGUUGUUUCAAAAAGAUAAAUGAAGACCUGCUACCGAAUGCCACAGUCGCGGCAAACAUGUACUUAGGUGAAAUGGGAUCUUCACUGACCACACCAACAAUGUUUGGCAUCUACCCUUUCUUAACAGAAGAGGACUGUGCAUGUGCAGAGCAGUCCUUUAUUGAAGAGUUUCCUGACCUGACUGUCCUAUACAACAGUAUAAUUAACAAUGACUACAGAAAAUUUCAAGAAGCAGUUAUGUGCCUUAUUAAUAUUACUUGCAGAUAUUCAGAUCCUUAAAGCAGGUCUACAUUUCUCCAUUCACUCUGUGUAUUUUUAGUUUUAACUGAUUAUAGUUAUGUAAAUUAUUAAAUAAGAGGGUCUCAAUGUUGGAAAUUUAGUCAGUUAAGUGUUCUUGAUAAACAUUUAAAUACACAAUUUCCACCAAUGUCGGUUCUUAUUCAAUCAAAUCUACCUUCAUGUACUUGCUUAGAACAUUUAUUAAACUGCAUUCAUUGAACAAUGUUAAAUACAAUUUUCCUUGAAAAUGAAAAUGAGGGCAGACAAAUAAAAUAUCUUAAAACAUCAA